CGUUCGUAUAUGGUGGAGGUCGUUUUGGUGUUUGUGAAUUGUAAACAUCUAAGCUUUGCAAGAACUAUAUUUAACUGUAAAAUGGCAGCUAUGCUGGAUGUAAUCGCGUACAGAAGUAGUCAUUUAUUCUUUAUUUUGCUCUUUCAGGUUGGCAUUUGGCUUUUUAAAAAAGGACAUUUCUUUUGUGACCGGGACGCCGCCGAAAAAAUUCACGAGGGGUAAAGCAAAAGCCCUUAGACGUUGAGAGUAUGUCUUGACACUAUGGCAUCCACUGAAGUUGAUGGCCCAGAGUCUGAACUAACACAGCUUCAUCUAAGAGUACAGACCUUGGAGGAAGAGCUGAAGUCUUGCAAGGCUGAGAUUCAUAAGCUUAAAAAACAACUGAAAAAAGCAGAUCUACUAUGUCGAAAUACAGAAAGUUACAAUGAAGAUUUAAGAAAACAGGUGGACAAAUUAAGUGAAGAGAUUCAUGAUAGGAAGAAGAAGGAGAAAAACAAAGUGAAUGCUGAAGUACAAACUGAAACUCCGUCUUGGUCAGAAUCAGACUAUUUCAACUAUUAUGCACAUUUUUAUGAAAAUGGAAGAGAAGAUGCUGAAACUUCUGUCUUGUAUGAGCAUGGAGAUCAACAGUACAACCUUCCUAGCAAAUCAACUUCCAAUGACCAAAAUAUGGCAGAAAGUGGAGAAGUCAGUGAAAAAGCUAAUGCAUUUAAUCAGCAAAAUUCAGUUCCAGAAGAGGAGGAGAAUACGGGUGGAAAUUCUUUAGCAGAUCUAUUAAGAACUACGGCAGAAGCUGCAGUAUCCCAAACAGGCUUUGUCUUUGAUGAAAAUUUUGGGAUGUACUAUGACCAUAGCACAGGUUUCUACUAUGAUUCAAAUAAUCAGUUGUAUUAUGAUCCAAACACUGGAAUAUACUAUUAUUAUGAAGCUGAGAGUGGUCGUUACCAGUUUCACUCUCGUGUGGAUCUGCAGGCUUAUCAGACACAUACAGAGUCAAAUUCAGACAAAAAGUCAAAGAAGAGGAGGAAAGCCCCCGAUAGAUCAGAAGAGGUGUUAACCAUAGACGAUAUUCAAAAGAAUGUAGCGGAGGAACAGGAGCCUGAUCAGAAACGGAAGAAGACCGUAAUCUCUUCUGAAAUCCUAAAUGAUCAACUCUGCUCUGUGAAUAGUGAAUAUUGUACAUUAGAAGACAGUAAUGCUGAAAAGAAUUACAAUCAGAAUGAUCCAGGUGAUUGUGAAUGUAGUGAAAGUGAACCUGAGGAAGGGGAAAUCACGGAAUCAGAAACGGAGGGAUCUUCAGAGGAAGUUACAUGCACAGAGAGCUGUGGAUCAGACGACGAAGAAGAAGAGGAGGAGGAGGAGGAGGAAGCUAUUGAGCAGUGGCCACCAUGUGUUCGAGUUAUUGUUGUGCGAUCACCUGUCCUGCAAACUGGGAUGCUUUAUAUUAUCACUGCAGAUAAAUCUGCGACCAUUGGAAGGGAGAAGGAUAUGGAGCAUGCAAUCCGAAUUCCUGAAGUUGGUGUCAGCAAGUUUCAUGCUGAGGUAUACUUUGACCAUGAUUUACAGAAAUAUGUCAUUGUUGACCAGGGAAGUCAAAAUGGAACUGUCAUCAAUGGAAACAGGAUUUUACAGCCUAAAACAAAAUGUGACCCAUAUGCUUUGGAACAUGGUGAUGAAAUUAAAAUGGGUGAAACUGUAUUAUCUUUUCAUAUUCACCCUGGUAAUGACACUUGUGAUGGAUGUGAGCCGGGUCAAGUGAUAGCACACUUGAAUCGACACAAAAAAGAAUUGUCUGGAUUAGUUCAUAGUAAAGAAGAUAAAGAAGUACUUAGACAAAAAGAGUUGAAACAUAUUAAAGGAAAAUAUGGUCUAAAAAACAGUGAUUAUGAUGAUACAAAGUUAUUGAAAAGCUCAGUUUAUAAGGACCGAGCAGAAAAACGAAGGCAGACUGUUGGCAGUGAAGGAACCUUUCAAAGAGAUGAUGCUCCUGCUUCAGUUAACAUUGAAAUCAGUGAUGAAAAUAAGGGUCGUAAAAUGCUGGAAAAAAUGGGCUGGAAAAAGGGAGAUGGACUUGGAAAAGAUGGUAAAGGAAGAAAGGAUCCGAUUCAGCUUCAGAUACGUAAAGCUCAUUCAGGACUGGGGGCAAGCACAUCUCUCUGUGUUGAGGAUUCUCUGAUAGUCAAAAGCAAAACGCAAAAGAACUGGGAGAAAGCUAGGGAAAGGUUUGCUGAUGCAUGUCAGACGGAGCCAAAGAAAGCGAAUGUCAGUCCAAAGACUUGGGUUAAAUCUGAUGGGGAAUAAAAGAAGAAUCAAUAACAUGUUAUUGAUUUUAAUUAAAAGAAAAAAGAUCACUGAACUCUGAAAGACUGAUAAUAAAAUUAGAAUCUAUUCUGUGUAAAAGAAAUGUAGUAAUUUGUGGGCAUAUGAGUACAUUAUACUGGAUAACAAUUAUCCUCAGUGCCCAGCUUGCCUUUAUUUAAGUUUAUGAUGUUUGUUUAUAAAACAUCUUAUUAAUGUAAUCAAAUAUGCUUUGGUUUUAUUUUGUAAUCUUUAAAAAGUAUUGUAUAGUAAUGCAGUAAAAUACUCCUGGAAUUC